AAAGACACAUUUAAAGGGAAAGAUGAAGACGGCAGAGGAGAAGUAAGACGGGGGACGUCAAUCCCACGACGGUGCUAAAAGUCUGGGCUUCUUGGCAGCGGCUCAGCGCUGGCAGGCUGCAGAGUCACGGCUACGAACGCGGCCGUGAAGUAUUAAUGACCGGGAACACAGUGUGAUCCGAGGCUUUUAUCCAGCAAACAGCUCGCUCAAAAGGUCACAAUAACAGCAACGGGCUGGUGUUCUUUCCAUCGGACCACCUCAUCAGCAGACGAGGAGUGGAAAGUCAUUUCUGCAACUCCACAGCCAAGACGGGGAAAUAAAAGAAAUGAAUCCACGCGCUCGCACCCAGUCGCUGCCGGACAAAUGCUAUUACUGCUCACUCUCAGGUCUUGGUGCUGUGAUGUAGCUCCAGGUGUGAUCCAGAGGAGACGACCUCAGAACAUCGACAACUUUCACUACCAGGUGGGACACUUGACACCACACCUCCACCGCAGAGCUGAGCUGAACACAAAAACGGACCCUCUGCGUGUGGCGCCCAUUAAUCAGAGCGCUGAGUAUCAAUGGAAAGCAACAUAAAAUCCAUUUCCUCUAUUUUAGUGGCGUUAAUGAAUUGUAAAGUCGCAGUCUGCGGCACUGCCUCCUCAAAUUCUUCAUUUCUGUUUAUCAUCACGUUGAUGUUGACCUGAGGCUGUGUAGCUUAUCUAUACAGUUUAGCCUAUGCCGUACUAUAAUUAAGAUGAGAUGGAUUUAAAUCUUUGUGUUCAGCUGGUUCUUCGGGCACCAGUCAUUUAUACUACACUUAUCUGCAUUGGUUUUAUAGGACUGUGCUAUCACAGCAGAUGUCAAUAAUUACCUUCAUUUCUGAAGGCAAACACCACUUUUAUCAGCUUCUCUCUGUCUAUAUGUGUGCAGAAUUUAUAGCACAUAUAUACAGUAUCUCUAUAGACUAUAUAUCUAUAAUGAGAGGGACAAUGCAUCUAGAAAAUAUACGAAUCAGAAAAAUGAACAGAAACCAAGUGGACGCUGGGAAAAACUGCGCUCGGCCUCGUUGGACCCUCCCACAGAAACCAGGCCAGCCCCCCCCCCGUCCUGCUCUGUGAUAAUCAGUCCAGAGUUCACCUGUCACUUAGUGUCCGACUGUCGAGCUUCUCUUCCCCAGCGCUUCUCGUCUACUACCACCACUCGAGAGACCUCUUCCCGCUCCUGCAUUGCACAGCCCUGAUUGGGAUGUGUCUGUGGAGUCACCGCCUGCACUGAGACUUUUAUCUGGACUGUGGAAUGACGUGAUUCCCAGGAAGCUGAUUUAGCACCGUUACGAAACCAGGAAACGUCUGUCUCACGUCAAUGCAUCAGUUUUAUGACCAGCGUGAGCAUAUUGACCCAUCCACUAGUGCACUUGGGUGCUAACAGUAGCACUAUGACCAGACGCUACCGUCACACCUGACGACAGGAUGCCCCUGUGGAAUGGCACCAGCCCAACGGAUCUGCUGGGAAACGCCAGCGACACCGGUGUGGGCAGAGUGGAGCGGGUGCUGGUCCCCAUGCUAGACGUCCUGAUUCUGGUGCUGGGGGUCGGGGGGCACAGCGUGGUGAUGGUGAUCCUGUGUGGGAGGGGGCUGCCGCGCGCUGGACAGUUUGCCCCGGGCUCCAUGACGGGCACGGGCACCGACAUCCUCCUGAUGGCUCUGAGCGCCGCCGACCUUGUGCUGCUCGCCAUGCUGCCCUUCCACACCGUGGCCACGGCGCUGCAGCACUGGCCUUUCGGGGAGGCGAUGUGUCGCCUGGUGGGCUUCCUGGGAUCGGCCUGCACCUCCGCCAGCGUCUUCACGCUGGCCGCACUGGCCGUGUCGCGGUACAUGACGGUGGUGCGGCCUGCCAGGGCCUACUCCCUCCUCUCCCCGCGCCGGGUGUCCGUUGCCGCCGCGCUCCUCUGGAUUCCGGCCUGCUGCCUGGCGGCUCCCCAGCUGAUCUUCCGCUACGUGGGGAACUCGCAACCAGCCUCCGAUGACCUCGCCUGCUCCGCCUUCGUGUCCCACCAGGACCAGUUGAUAUAUGGGGUGCUGCACUUCGUCAUGGCCUUCCUGCUGCCGCUGGUCACCAUCGCGGUGGCCUACGGCGGCAUCUACGUGUUCCUGUGGCGCGGCCAGCACGCCGGCCGGGCGCCCCAAGUGGAGCGCUACCAGAGCAAAGUGACCCAGACGUCGGCCAUGCUGGUGCUGGCGUUCACGCUGUGCUGGCUGCCGUCCUACAGCCUGACGCUGGCGCUGCUGGCAGAAGAAAGCUCAGGAGCCACUGGCACCUACCCACGCUACGGGGCCUUCACUGUGUUUGCACGCUUUAUGGCAACCUCGUCUACUGUGGUGAAUCCCAUCCUCUAUGUGCUCAUGUCCCAAAAAUUCAGACAGGACUUGUUACGUUUGUUCAGGAGGAAAGGACAAAGAGCAAGUGGGGCUGUGGCUUUGGCUGCUACCUGACAGUGAGCCUAUCAGCUGAUAAAGCUGAUCACCUUGACCUCAAAGACUGGAAGUCACAAUAAAACAAUUACAAGCUGAGAGACUUAUGUAACUGAUGAGAAAAUUCUACUCUGGAAGGCAAAACACGCAGCACGGGCAGCAGCUUUCCAAUUCAACACAACAGUCUCCGUGGAAGAGCAAACCAUUUGCUGGCAGCUACUGCUGUACAGACUCAGUGGGACAAACAGCCCUGAAUCACGCAUUCCUUGUAAAAGCAGCAUGAAAGUAAAAGCACUUUGGUGAAACAUUAA